GCGGAAUAGCCAACCAAACCGGUCCUUUGUUUUCCUUUUUCUAUCUAUCUACGUGCAGAUAACAGAAAACCCAAAACCCUAGAAUUUGAGAAUCGCCGGAGGAGAAGGAGCAAUGGACUUUGACGAGUACGAUUACUUGGAGAAGACAGUGGAGGAACAAGAUGACGGCGACUCAAGCAGGAAGAAGAAAGAGACAGAAAGGAGCUACCGGAAGCGCGAGGAGAUCGACGAGGUCUCCGAGGAGAGGAAGAACAAGAGGUCAAGGGGCGACGACGAGAAUGGCUCGAAGAAGGAUAAAGAUCGCGAAGACCGCGACAGGGAGCGCCACAGAAGUAGCAGGGAUAGAGAUAGAGAUAGAGACAGAGACAGAGAUAUCGAGAGAAGUAGCAGGGACAGGGACAGAGACAGAGAUAGGGAGAAGGAGAGAGACAAGGAGAGGGAUCGUAGGGACAGAGACAAAGAUAAGGAGAAGAGGGAGAAGGAGAGGGAAAGGGAGAGAGACAGAGAUAGAGACCGAAGGGACAAAGAACGGGAAGAGAGGGAGAGGUCUCGGAGGAGCAGGAGUCGUUCUGAGCGAGAAAGAGAAAGAGAACGAGAACGGGAUUUCGACACCAGAGAUACCAGGAGAUAUAGGGACAAGAAAGAGGCAGCAGAGCCUGAGGCAGAUCCAGAAAGGGAUCAGAGGACUGUUUUUGCAUACCAGAUGCCCUUAAAGGCGUCAGAGAGGGAUGUAUAUGAAUUCUUCUCAAAAGCUGGCAAGGUAAGGGAUGUCCGUCUAAUCAUGGAUAGGAACUCAAGACGAUCUAAAGGAGUUGGGUACAUUGAAUUUUAUGAUGCAAUGUCAGUGCCAAUGGCAAUUGCUCUCUCUGGCCAACUUCUUCUGGGACAACCUGUAAUGGUCAAACCUUCUGAGGCCGAAAAGAACCUUGUCCAAUCUAAUACCACCAGUGGAGCUGCUGGGGUAGUAGGACCAUAUGGAGCUGUGGACAGGAAACUGUAUGUGGGGAAUCUUCACUUCAACAUGACAGAGGGUCAAUUAAGAGAGAUUUUUGAGCCAUUUGGUCCAGUGGAGCUUGUGCAACUGCCUCUUGACUUGGAGACAGGACAUUGCAAGGGCUUUGGGUUUGUUCAAUUUGCUCAUCUUGAGCAUGCCAAGGCUGCUCAGAGUUUAAAUGGAAAGCUAGAAAUUGCUGGCAGGACUAUAAAGGUUUCAUCUGUAACAGAUCAUGUUGGAAACCAAGAUACAACUGCAAAAUCUGCAGACUUUGAUGAUGAUGAAGGUGGAUUGGCUUUAAAUGCCCAAUCAAGAGCAUUGCUUAUGCAGAAACUGGACCGCUCUGGCAUUGCAGCAAGCAUUGGUCUACCGGUUGGGAAUGGGUCAGCUCCUGCUCAACAGGCUAUGAUGCCUAUUGGUAAUCCAGGUGUAAUAUCAGCACCAGCUGUCCCUACGCAAAUUGUGCCUACCCCGGUGAUUGAACCUGUUGGAAACCCCAGUGAGUGUCUACUGUUGAAGAAUAUGUUUGAUCCCAACACUGAGACUGAGCCAGAUUUUGAUCUAGACAUUAAAGAGGACGUGGAAGAAGAGUGUUCCAAAUAUGGACGGGUGAAACAUAUUUAUGUUGACAAAAGAAGUGCAGGUUUUGUGUAUUUGCAAUUUGAAACAGUCGAAGCAGCUGGUGCUGCUCAACGUGCAAUGCACACAAGGUGGUUUGCAGGAAGAAUGAUUUCUGCUAUCUAUAUGCAACCUCAGAUAUACGAAGCCAACUUUAAAGGGGACGCUUGAAGAAGUGCUUAUACACCUUUUAGUUCUCAGACGACAGUUUGCAUAUUUUUCUCACAGUAGUUCUCAGAAAUUAAGUUUAGUUUAUAAAUUUUGAUUCAUGACUUGUACUAUUAGAUGUAUGGUUACAGAAAUUUUACCGUCCAGGUGGUGUGAUAUUCAUGACCAGUAAUUUAAUUUGAUCUCCAAUGUAUUCAAUUGUAACCGUAA